AUGGCGGAAAAUUCAGCUAAUACCACUCUUGAUCAGGGAUUAGUCAUUGAUAUCUCAUACAGUAGCGAUAGCAGCAAGUUUGCAUUUGCUCGUUCAACAGUUUCACGCCGAGAUUUUGGAUCAUUUCAUUCAUCCAAUGUGCAAGAACUACUAAGCUUAACAGAGGACCUAUAUCAACCUCCAGAUAUUCCUAUAGAUCUACCAAAGUUUGAUGCUGACGACAGAGGUGCUUAUGGUAAAGACAUUAAAGGCAAGCACUUUUUGCUGGGGGAUGAAUAUACAUUUCUAAACCAUGGUGCCUUCGGUUCAGUAUUGAAAGAAGCGUUGGAUGCUGUACAGGCAUGGCAGCGGUAUACGGAAGCACAACCGUUAAAAUUUCUGGACAGGGAAUUAUUCCCUCAGCUCGUUCAUGUUUCACGAAGGCUGUGCAAUUUUAUUGGUUGUACACCAACCGAUAUAGCGCUGAUAGAGAAUGCUACCACUGGCACUAAUGCUGUGUUAAAGUCCAUGAAAUUCAGUUCUAGUGAUACCAUUUAUUAUCUGGACUGUACAUAUGGUGCUGUGAAAAAGCUCCUAAAAUUUAUAAGUAGCGAGAAUGGUUGUAGCCUUAAGGAGAUUAAAAUACCUUCAUUUGUAGAGAACCAACAACAAAUAAUUGAUCUUGUCAGAUCAACCUUAAGGUUGUCUUCUACUGAAAAUUUUGUUUUUUCUGUAGUAACAUUUAGCCAAGAAUGUACCUUUGCUGUAUUUGAUCAUAUUCCUAGUAACUUUCCUAUCAUUAUGCCGAUUAAGGAGAUUGUUAAAGUUUGUAAAGAGAGGAAUAUUCCGGUAUUUAUCGAUGGUGCACACGCAUUAGGAUCUUUACCAAUUAAGUUAAGCGAUAUCGAUGCUGAUUUUUACGUAUCGAAUGCUCAUAAAUGGUUUUGUUCUGCAAAGGGGUGCGCAUUUUUAUACAUAAAGCGUUGCUGGCAAAAAAAAAUUCGUUCGCAAACUGUAUCUCAUGGCUUUGGAUCAGGGUUUAAUUCUGAAUUUAUUUGGACAGUAUUAGAUUUUUGGUCAUUGCAUAACCCAGAUUCUAUUCGGAAAUACAUCUACGGAUUAGUAGCUGAAGCUAGUCAAAUGUUGGCAACAAAGUGGGAUACAAAAUUAGCAGCUUCCAAAGAUAUGUUUGGUUCGAUGUGUUUAAUUCAGUUACCUGAAUGUAUCUCUAAGAAUUUAUCACAGGAUAAUAAAGUAACGUAUGAGCAAGCAGAGAUUGUGCAAAACGUACUUUACCGUGAUUUUAAAAUAGAGGAUAUAUUGAACUUAGCAAUGUAUGUCUAG